AUCUACUGCUCCUGGUACCAAACCUUGGUAUUUCGACUCUGGUUGUUGUAACCAUAUGUCUUCAAUUACUACUCAUUUUUCUUCAAUGUCGCCUAAUAAUUCAUUUCUUGAUAUUUAUAACUCAUCCUACUACUGCUAUGGUUGCCAAAGAAGUGAUAGAACAACCUAAUGUCAAGCUUACACCUAUGGAUGACUCUCCACUUUCUAAUCCUACUCGCUAUCGGCAAUUGGUUGGUAGUCUGGUUUAUCUUACUACGACACGCCCUGAUAUGGCAUAUGCAGUUCACAUUGUAAGUCAGUUUAUGGCUGCUCCUCGCUCCACUCAUUAUGCAACAGUACUUCGCAUUAUUCACUGUGUUAAAGGAACAUUAUUUCAUGGACUCCAUUUUUCUGCCAACUCCUCCCCUGUGCUUCGCGCUUACUCUGAUGCUGAUUGGGCUAGUGAUCCUUCUGAUCGUAGAUCUACCACUGGUUAUUGUCUUUUCCUUGGUAAUUCUCUUAUCUCUUGGCGGAGUAAGAAACAAGCUAUUCCAUCUCGCUCUAGUAUUGAAGCUGAGUAUAGAGCUCUCGGGGAUACCAUAUCAGAACUUCUUUCAUUGUGGUGGCUUCUUGAAGAUAUGGGUAUUCCUCAACCUUCUUUUACUGAUUUAUAUUGUGAUAAUCAAAGUGCUAUGCAGAUUGCUCAUAAUGAUGUCUUUCAUGAACGCACUAAACACAUUGAGGUUGAUUGUCACUUUAUUCGCCAUCAUGUUGUACAAGGAACUGUUCAUUUGGUUUUCAUUGGCUCCGCUGAUCAACUAGCAGAUCUCUUUACCAAGGCUCAUUUUCCUGAACACUUUCAUACUCUUCUUUCUAAACUCAAGUUGGUUUCAUCACAACCACCUUGAGUUUGAGAGGGGAUGUUAGAAUGUGAACAUAAUUAUAUUUAGAAUUAUUGUAAAUAUUUUAUACUUUAGAAUAUUCUCUUUGUAUACUUUAUACCUUAGAAUAUUCUCUUUGUAAACACAUAUUCAUUGUACAUACAGUCUAAUUCAAGAAAGCAAUAAAUCUUUCUUCAAAUU